AUGAUUGUCAAGGCGAUGGGGAGCAAGCUGGGUUUGGCGCCGGGGAGGUUGCUUGGUGCUACCUCGAUCUGGAGUGACCGAGUAGCCGCCUUCGCCAGAGCGCCACGGAGACGACAGCUUCCAGUCCUCACACCUUCAAAACCGUACCUUUCCUACCAUGACAUUCUCCUGACGAGUGACGAUAUCGUCUCGCUCAAAUAUGACUGGCUUACUGAUAACAACAUUGCCUUUUGGGAAGAAUGGCUCGAGAGAGAGGUCCUUCCCAAGUACCCGCGCGCCCACAUCGUUCUCCUACGACCUAGCAUAACGUUUCUCCUGAUGCAAGCUAUCGAUCUGAAAAGCAUCGGCAGCGCGCUCCCCGACUUCAAGAAAACGACGCACAUUUUCCUGCCGGUCAACGACAGCCGGGACCGCGAGCGCGCCGACGGUGGUUCCCAUUGGUCACUGCUCGUCGUGUCCGUCAUCGACCGUGUUGCGUUCCACUACGACUCGCUCGGUGGUGCAAACUUUUACGAAGCCCAAAAGUGUACGGACCGUCUCGGCCGGGUGCUCGGCAUGCCCCUGCGGUUCCACCAGAUGGAGGACUCCCCACAGCAGGGCAACAACAGCGACUGCGGCGUCUACGUCUGCAUCGUGAUGCGCCAUCUUCUCAUCAAGCGGUUGCUGAACGCCAACUCCAACGAAAAGGUGUCCAUGUCCAUGGCCAACAAGGUCAUCGACAGCGCGGGCGGCCGCAAGGAGAUGAUGCAAAUCAUCGAGUCGUUACGGAAGGAGGGCGAGAGGCGACGGAGCUUGAGCCCCAUGUCGACGUCGUCGAAAUCCGGAUCGUCAAAGACACCGCCCCGUAUUGAGUAGUAGUGCGAGUCAGCGAGUGUGCGAUGCGAGUAAGCUAGCUGGCUGUUUGUUGUUGAUUGUGUGCGUUGGACAGGUGAUAUCCCGCCUGUCUCAGAAGCAGGUUUCCAUUCACACUGGCACAGAGAAACAAAAAAUUUUAGGAUACCUUUUAACGAGAGAGCGCAACCCCAUUGGAAGAAGGCUGGAGCAAAGAACGAAUGGACCGUCAACGGGCCUCUUCUACUAGCAAUAUUCUUGCAUCACUGCGUGCAACGGGAGAAGUUU